GGACUCCCUCCAUCUCGUCGUGGAGAUUUGGAAAUUCUACUGUUCAAUCUUAUUCAUUGGUUGGCUCGAUCUCAUCUCAAUGCUCCUCAGUUACAUUCCACUGGUCUUCCUUGGGGAUAUCUCAUUUCAGACCCUAAAUUACGCGCUAAUGUUCCUGAUCGUGUUAAAGUGUCAGUGGCUGAUUUAAAAGAGAAAACAAUGAAAAAUCCUGCAGAAUUUGUAUUACAAGCUGGUUAUGGACCAGUUGCUGGUUAGUUUUUAUUUUAUACUUUUCUGAAUAUAUUAAACUUGAUAGUUUUUGAAAGCCUACUCUGUAAGUACUUACUUUUUUUACUUUACUUCGGCUAUCUCCUACGGGAGGAUGAGCCGGCUUCAUGAACCAUGAAGUUUCAUGGGAAUUGGGUACGAGUGAUGUCCCCAGCAUCGCUCGGCCUUUUGUUUGAGAGUGCAGCUCUAGCCUUUACACAACCAAGUGUGACCUACAAGGCAGUAGGAGUGGAG